AUACUCACUCUUCUUUGCAUCUAAGUCAGUCGGAUUAGCAAGUGUUAGAUCUUAAAAAGGUCGAUCCCUAGGAUAUUGCGGAAGAACUGUUUGAAAUAUCACCGCCUACCGCUUUCUUUGAAAGUUGCAUUUAUAGAGCGUAAUCUAUCGGCUGUUUUUUUAAAAUAUUUUUCCUUUAGAUUUCUGGAAAAAAUGGAAUAAAAAAGAAAUAGCUUCCUACAUUUUCAGAACUGUCGCUAUGUCCGUUGUGCAGGCAAAAGGGGAAACUGAGGAGGAGACAAAAUGUGGCCACGAAAGUUCGGGGAGUGGACAAGACCAGAGGCAGGGGCAUCAAUUAUCUGAUCUCAUGCCCGAGGACAACAAGAGUCAAGAGAACAUCGAUGAAAAUUUGGGGUUCCCGUCGUCCAUUCACGAUGCUGUUUCGAGGGUUUUGAAAGGGUAUGACUGGACGCUCGUGUCCAACCCGCCAAAGCACAACAAUUCAUCAAAACGAAGACCUUACGUAAAAAGACCCAUGAAUGCCUUCAUGGUGUGGGCUCAAGCUGCCCGCCGGAAGCUAGCAGAUCAAUACCCCCACCUCCACAACGCUGAGCUCAGCAAGACCCUGGGAAGACUUUGGAGACUUCUGGGAGAUGAAGAUAAACGCCCAUUUGUUGAAGAAGCUGAGAGACUGAGACAAGUACACAAGAAGAACUAUCCAGACUAUAAAUACCAACCAAGGAGGCGUAAAACAGGAAAAUAUCCUGGGAGCCUUGGUACAGAUGAACCCGUCUCAGAAAUGCAGGGCGCUACUGUUGUAUUCAGCUCCCUCAAGACAGAAAACGUUGGAACUUUACGUACUUCAGCAAUCAAUCAGCAGUCAUCUAAGCCAUCCACAAACUCGAACCUGAUUGGAAUUGGAUGGAAGAGUGAAAAUAUGGAAAGAUUUGAACACGUCGGUUUACAGAGUCAUGCCCAGCAAACUGCCCAACCAAACGGUUUCAACCAAGGUGACAUGUCAAAACUGACGUCAGAGGGAAUGUGUAACAUGGAUCUUUUCCAAAUAGACCAAUGUCUACCGCCUUUUGGGGCUUUAUCAUCUUCGUGGACGUCUACAUCGCCAGAUGAUACUAACAGUUUCAAUUUUUCUUCUACGAUUACAGCGUCCAAUCAUAACACCUCUAAACUACUGCCGAUCUCAAAUACCAUUUCAUCUGACGUCACACAAUUCUUCAACAAUACAUGCAUUCGUAGAGACGUGGAUUAUGACCUAGUUCCUGAUGGCUUAUCUUCUACCUCUGUUAGUCCCGUUCUUGGUCAAACUGAGCACAGUGUUAUUACCCAUAACGGAAAGCAGGAAGAUGAACCCAUCAAAUUUCAUGAACUAACUCCUGUUGUUAGAUCAACAAGGCCAUCCUGCGCCUUAUCCUUCUCGUCGGAAGGGGCUAUAAAGGCACUCAUAAGCGCCCCCUCUACUACUCAGAAUGUUAAUAAUUUAAAAAAUGCUUUUUCUAAUAUUUCGCACAAUAAUUAUCAAUCAGAUUUCCCUACAAGUCUUUCACAACAAUUUGAAGAAGCCAAUUCUUACAGAUUUUGUCAGAGGUCCGUUAUUCCCAGACAACAAUAUACUAUUUCUACCGGAAAUACAAAACCGCAAGUAAUGAUUCAAGCAUAUGAAAAUAAACCAUUUCUAUAAAACUCGUUGCUCCCCCUCCCUCCCCGAUAACCGUGGUGGGCGGAACACGGGUAAACCAUCGUGUAGCUUUGUGCUUAACAAACAAAUAAAAAAUUAUCCAAGUCAGACAUUGCAAAUAAUAAUAAUAAUCAAAUAACUAGAAAAAAAACUAUAACGAAAAAAAAAGUUGGCUAACACACUGUCUCACAGUUAUCAGCGAUAUACUUGGCAGUUAUAAGAUUUUUAAAUGUAAUACGAUAAAUGUUGUAAUAUACAUGUUAUAGGAAUUACUCGAGUUUCAACGAACUUAAGUAAAAUCCAAAACUUGUAACCAUUAAACUAAGAACGUUCCAUUUAUUCUCAUUCCUCGUUCUUUUUUGUAGUUUGAAAACGGAGUUUACCAAAUGUAGUUAGAAAUAAAAAUGUUCAAUACUUUUUAUUUUCACUAAAAUUUAUUUUGUUUAAAUCAUAUAUUCGCUGAAAAAAAAAUGCAUACAACCAUAUAUUAAUCAACUGUAAAAAUGUAGAUAGAAGUUACGUGUGAACUAAUACUUAAUAAAUUCAAGGAAUGUCGUGAUUGGCACGGAUGGUUGUGGUUACAUUCUAAUAUGUUGAAACUUAAAAUUACCCCCAAACAUCAAAUUGUGGCGUCGUAGGAAACUGGUGAAGAAACUGCAAAACGAAAAGUUUUUUGUGGUGAUUAUUUUAUAUUGAAAGUUGCAAAGCGAAACGUUAAUUGUAUAGGGCAAGAAAGUCCUGAAGGAUCUGUAUCAAGUGAAAUCCCUAUUAUAUCCAAGCUUUAUAACCCCAUCCUUCAUCUGCUGAGGUCGAUCAAUCUCGAAAUGUCAGUUAUAUACAUGCUGAUGUAUCAACACAUCUCGAAAUGUCAGUUAUAUACAUGCUGAUGUAACAACACAUCUCGAAAUGUCAGUUAUAUACAUGCUGAUGUAUCAACACAUCUCGAAAUGUCAGUUAUAUACAUGCUGAUGUAACAACACAUCUCGAAAUGUCAGUUAUAUACAUGCUGAUGUAUCAACACACCCUGGACCCUUAUUCGUUUGUUAUCGAACGUCACUUACAAAUAAGGCGUGUAUAAUAUAAUCCCAAUCCCGCGAGAAGUCUUAGAUAAAAAAUAAAUAAAUUCAAAAGAAGCUAAUAAGUAGAGAAACCCCUCACCUUGAAGAAGUUGUGCAUCGAAACGUCAGUUAUAAAACAGAAGUGUAUAGUGUGAUCCCAGCUCCUCGAGAAGUUGUAGAUAAAAAGAUCAAUUAUAAAGAAGCUAAUACCUAGAGAAAGUUUCGGAAUAUUAAAUUUAUAUAUUAGAGAAACUUGUGCAUCGAAAUGUCAGUUAGAAAAUAGACGUGUACAAUGGAAUCCCAAAACCGUGAGAAUUUGGUGGUCAAAGAAUCAGUUAUAAAGAAGUCAAUACGAAGAGAAACCUCUCCUCAAGAAAUUGUGUAUCAGUAAGUCAGUUAGAAACUGAUUAAUGCAUGUUGGAAUCUUUCCCUGCACCCCAAAGAACUAGCAGAUAUAGUCUUCUUAUCCUUUCCCUACAGACAUUUUCAAAUCAAAUGAUACUUUUUAUAUAAAUCCUUGCACUGGGGAAUUUUUGUAAAAAUAAAAUCACUGCUAAAGCCAAUAGAAUUGGAUGUUUCAGAAGUGGAACUUCAAAUUACAGCCGUGAUCAAGCUUCAAGUUGUGUACUUUCCACGUGUUCUCUCUUGUGAAUGUGAUCAGGCUUCAAGUUGUGUACUUCCCACGUGUUCUCUCUUGUGAAUGUGAUCAGUCUUCAAGUUGUGCACUUCCCAUGUGUUCACUUAUGAUGUGAUGAAGCUUCAAGUUGUGCACUUCCCGUGUGUUCACUUGCGAUGAAUUCAAAACAUCUUGAGCGAUAUAUAGAACGUUAUAAAAUUUACGUAUUAAAAAAAAGGAAAGACUAGAACAGUGAUAUUGAAACUGUGCGUGUGUGGAUUCCCUAUCACUGUUACAUCACACUAAUCAGUAUCAACGAAAAACUUGCGUUGUUUUUUACCGAUGUUGAUGUUCAGGGAUGAUACUCCACUGCGCGUCUUCCAUAGUGAAAAUAACUUUAACCUUAUUUUAUUAACCUGUAUUUUAUUCUAUGCUCCAAGUAUUUUAUCAUAUAUAUAUAUAUAUAUAUAUACACUUAUGAUUUUGAUCCGGUGCUAUUUCGUUAGUGGCUCGUCAUAUUUUUAGUGGCUCUACCUACCGGACGUCAGGCCGAGCUUUUUAUUGUUGUUGUUGUUUAAUAUGCGUGAGUUAUAUAUAAGCUAAAUAACCGUUUCCAUUUUUUUUAUGUAUGAUAUAAAAUAUUAUUUUUUUAAAUAAUAUAAGGAAGUAAAGUUUAAAAUAUGAUUGAAUUACUA